CGUGUUGUUAUCAGAUUGAUGGGCAGGGUUUGAUUGAAGCCCCUUUGUUAUGCAAAUGUCAGGCCCUUGAUGGAUGAGCUCAGAGAUGUGACAAACUUCAGGAGCCCCUCGCUCAUUGGGCUGGGGGCGAGCCACGUGGCCGCCUCCCCCUGCCCCCACCCCGGACCCGCCGAAGGCUCUGGGGUUCGAGGACCAGCGAUGCAUGGAAGGAAGUUUUACAGCUUUGACAUACUAUCUAAAGGUUGUAGGGCAGGCGGAAUCCCCCCAAAACAGGCUGACCCUCCUCCAUCAGUGGCAGAUGGACAAUACUAGGAUGAACUCCUUCUUAGAGUAUGCAAUUUGUAACCGCGGGACGGGCGCCUACCACCACUUAGAGCAAAGCUCCCCGUCCUUUCCCUCUUGCUCAGGUAGCCCCGCCACUGACACUUUUCACGGAGACGGCCGCUUCGGCGCGGGGGGGAGCGCGGCCGCGGCCGCCCAGCUGCAGCAGCAGGGUCCCGGCUUCGCCCCCGCCCCGGCGGGCCGCGCCGUGCCCUUCGCGGGCGCUGCCCCGGCCGCCGGGUACCCGGCCGCGACCUGCGGAGCCGGCUUCGGGCCUCCCCCGCUCUACCUCGGCGCGCAGGAGGCCGAUGCCGGGUACCUGCCGGCAGCCGGGUACGCGGCCAGCGUGGGGCCGCACCUCGGCUCGCUCGCGGAGGGCUACGGCGGGGCGGCGGCCGGGCACUAUCCGCAGCACCUUUACGGGCAGGAGCAGCCCAGCUUCUUGGCCGGCCUCUACGGCAGCCUGUCGCCCGCUCCAAGCGAGGACAAAGACCCCGCCUGCCCCUCCGAGCCGUGCUCCAGCGCCGGCACCACGCAGACCUUCGACUGGAUGAAAGUGAAGAGGAACCCGCCCAAGACAGCCAAAGUGUCGGAGUACGGGCUGCUGGGCCAGUCCAACACCAUCCGCACCAACUUCACCACCAAGCAGCUGACGGAGCUGGAGAAGGAGUUUCACUUUAACAAGUACCUCACCCGGGCCCGAAGGGUGGAGAUCGCCGCUACCCUUGAGCUCAACGAAACCCAGGUCAAGAUCUGGUUCCAGAAUAGGCGGAUGAAGCAGAAGAAGAGGGAAAAGGAGUGUUUUGCCCCGGCUGCUGCCUCUAGGUCUGCGAAGGAAGCGAGUGAAGCCUCGGAUCAGUCCAACUGCACCUCACCUGAGGCCUCCCCCAGAUCGGUGUCCUCCUGAGCCGCCCCGUAGGGGCAAGGAGGCCAACCCGGGGCGGCUGCUCCCGCAGCCCGAGUAGACACACACAGAAGAACACGCACGUCCCGGCCGCACACACGCGCGGAGGCAAGGCCGUGCUUCCUUCCAAGCAGCCCCCUUGGCUCCAGCCGUCUCCAUGCCUGUGAUACUAAUUCUCCACCUUGCCUUUCUCUCUCUUAAUUUAUAGACCGUCCGUAAAACGUUGGACUCCAAAGGAGCAGCCGUGUCCUCGUCUGUCCUUAGCAAUAGGCGUUUGUCUCAGGGACGUUUCUCCCUCUCCCUUCUCCCUCCCCAGUAGGAACUGCACUUUCAACUACAGAAACUUUAAAACGAAUUUAGUUCUCUCCCGUUUUAAAAGUGUGCACAAGAACUUUUGUCAGCAGGAAUGCUA